GUCCUCAGGAGUCUGAGCGACCAGAAGAAGCCCAUAUUUAUCUUCGAAUGGCUUCGCUUUGUCGAGCAGUCACUUCUUGGCGCACAAAAGGUGAUAAUGGGCUCAUCGGUGGUGCGGGUGACCGACAUCAAAGAGUGUCAGAAGAAACUGAUGGACCAACUCAUCGCUCAGAUCAAUGAGCCGUCGGGUCCGCCCACCAGACGCCUCAUCGCCCGGUGUCUGUCCACUCUGUUCACCGUCGGCGACACAUUCCUCCUCUUUGAAGCCAUCAAUAAGUGUAACGAUAUCCUCAAGAAUAAGGACGACUCGCCAUCCUUUCGACCCAUCAAACUAGCUGCGAUCACUUGUUUGGGAACAAUGUAUGAGAAGUUGGGGCGACUUAUGGGCCGUUCCUACGAGGAUACGGUUCAGCUGUUGCUUAAGUCCAUCAAAAGCGCUGAGUCCCAAACCCGGUGUGAGAUAUACACGACAUUAGAGAGGAUUGUGGCCGGAAUGGGAAAUGCGGCCAAUUCUGUGCACCGGGACGUGUAUAAGUCGGUCAAACUAGGGAUGACUGACCGGGCGAUGAUAGUGAGGAGUAGUGCCGCCAAAUGUCUGCACAAAAUGCUGAGUUGCGCGCCUUUCCUCUAUACUUCCGAAUUGGAAAACGUAUUCUCCGUCUGUUUCCGAGCUCUGGAGGGCUCUAACUAUGAGGUGCGCUGUUCUGUGGCCCAAGUGUUGGGCACUUUAGUCGCACAAACACAACAGCCAUCACCACAUCUGCCGCAACAGUCCAGCAAAACAGUUCGUGUGGUCUCAUUGGAUGAGGCGCUAAACCUGUUGGCCUCCGGUUUCCUGAGGGGAGGCAUUGGUUUCCUGAAGAGUGGCGGAGAGAUGAUUAAAGGCGUGACUGUUAGCCGCGAGACUCGUGUGGGCGUCACUCACGCCUAUGUGGUGGUGGUGUCGGUGUUGGGCUCCGUCUGGUUGGAGAGGAAUAUGUCUGUGUUUUUGCAGCAUUUGCUCGAUUUGUUGGCCAACCCGAAGGCAAUCACUUCACACAUGGACGCCGUCUACAGUCGAAAGUGUGUGGCGUUUGUGUUGAGAUCAGUGUUAGGCCGACAGCUAAGCGAAAAGGCACAGUUGCAGGCCAUCAAGGAGUUGGUGAAUGUGUUGAAUCGUUACCUCAACGCCAACGCCAAUGAAAACAAUUCCGAUAAAAGCAACGGCACGUCCAGUAGUGCCACAAAUGCCAAAGACUCGGCUCAAACCGAUCUACAGCUCAUUCAACACGUAUUGGUCUGCGCUCUCCUCGAAAUGGGUUGUCUUAUCGAAGGUUUGGGCACUUCUUGCAUAACAGUAGUCACUGACCCACACGUAGGGCUGGUGGACACCAUAGCAUCCAUUGUGGUCCACCCGUCCAACUGUGCGCGACUGUCCGCCUCGUGGUGUCUCCGGUGUAUAGCAGUGGCCGCGCCCUCACAACUCACUCCACUUAUUGAGCGCUCACUCGAAAGACUGGAGACUUUGAAAUCAAAUCCUGAGAUAAUUAACGGCCACUCAUACGCUUUGUCGGCGCUGUUGGGGUCCGUAUGUCAGACACCGUUAGGCAUUCCUCACAAUAAGGGAAAACUCAUAUUCAAUAUCGCGGAGGACUUACUGCGAAGUGCGUCACAAAACAGCCGGUUAUCACUUCAGAGGACACAAGCGGGUUGGCUACUGAUCGGCGCUGUCAUGACAUUAGGUCCGCCUGUGAUUAAAGGGCUUUUGCCGCGACUGUUGUUGUUAUGGAAGAACUCGUUCCCGCGCUCACCGAAAGAGCUCGAGUCCGAGAAGGCUCGGGGGGACGCCUUCACGUGGCACAUCACCCUCGAGAAUAGAGCCGGCGCUCUGUCGGCGAUGACCAGCUUUUUGACGCAUUGCGACAAAUUAGCCACCGAUGAAGUGAAGCGCAGAUUACUGACACCCAUCGAGUCGGCGCUCACUAUGUUAGCCGCUUUGGGUCCUGUGUUUAAAGGUUACGGCCCUUCAGUAAAGGCCAGCUCUGCCACCGUUAGGCUCAGGCUAUACGAGACACUGCUGUUAAUACCGCCGCAAUCGUACUCCAAUUGCUAUACGAAUUUGUUGAGACUUCUAGUGUCAGAAUUUACGUUAAUGGAAAGCGUGGCCAUCACUACCAGCUCUCUGCUCAGGAGUUUCUGUCAUUCAGACGACGACACUAUACUCGGCUCAUGGCUUCAGGAGACUGACCACAAAGCCAUUGAGGACCAGGUAUUGAACCGUAGUUUCGCUAAAUCUCUAAAACUGGAGAAAGAGUUUUUGCAGCCAAACACUUCCGGUUUCGGUGCUAUAGAACACGACUCGACACAUCUUUAUAAGUCACUCCCCGUUGAGAAUACAGUUCCCGGUCCGUUGCCAUUAGGAGUGGCCGUUAUAGACAAGUCUGCGCUCGUCUUUUCGCACGUUUUGUCGGAAAACAAAAUGAGUUUAGGAAACGACGAGUUGAAGACACUGAUGGUUAACCUGACCCUCCAUUCGAUGAGUCACUCGAAUCCAUUGCUAAGGUGUGCCUCAUCCGAGAGCUUAGGCCGAUGUUGUCAAGUGAUAAAUGACGGGAGAUUUGUGGCAGAGAUGGCUCAGCAAUGCUUCGAUAAGUUGAAGAGUGCGAGGGAUGCGCUCUCGAGGACUGGCCAUUCGCUGGCGUUGGGUUGCAUUCAUCGAUAUGUCGGCGGUUUGGGGUCGAGUCAGCACUUGAACACAAGUAUUAGCAUCUUAUUAGCGUUGGCUCAGGACAUGUCCAACGCCACGGUCCAGGUUUGGGCGCUGCACGCGUUGACUCUGAUAGCCGACUCGGGCGGACCAAUGUUUCGCUCGUACGUCGAGCCAACGCUCUCGCAUUGUCUCAAACUAUUACUUCUGGUGCCGAUGUCUUACUGUGAUGUCCAUCAAUGUAUCGGGAAAUGUUUGUCGGCAAUGAUCACCACAAUAGGACCCGAACUGCAGACCAAUACGAACUCAAUCUGUGCGACGAGAUCUUCGCUACUGAUUGCGUGCGCUAUAAUGCAAGAACACGACGACUUCAUGGUUCAGGCGGAGGCCAUCGGGUGUCUCCAACAGCUGCAUAUGUUUGCGCCCAAACACGUCAACCUCUCGUCAUUGGUUCCAGUGCUUUGCGAAGCCAUACGGAGUCCGCAUCUCAUGUUAAGACGCGCUUCUGUCGCGUGUUUGCAUCAGUUGUCGCAACGAGAAGCUAAAGAAGUCUCAGAACACGUCUAUAUGUGGACUAAGGACUCAAAGAACGACAACUUUAAGAAAUUGUUUAACAGUUCAGUGGUUGGCGAUCACGGGUUGUCCGGAAUGUUGGUCUCUAUGUUGGACUACGAAAAGGAUGAGAUAACUGUGAAUAAUAUCCACAAAAUAGUGCACAGCUUAGUGCAGACCAUGGGCUCAGAAAGUUUAAAUCAAUGGCUAAGUCUGUGCAGAGAAGUGUUAACAGCAGCCGAUCCCAAUUCAGCGCUUCCCUCACCUGAUAAAGACAUGGAUGGAGACAAUGACGAGUUGGUUGACGUCGAGGAGCGCUUCAGAGCCGGCGAAGAGCCCUCAACACAUCCGCCAAUAUCUCCGCGAUGGUUGACCCGAGUCUUCACAACCCAAACGUUGUGCCGAAUUAUAAAUUCGUGUGAAAACGCUUCCAAUAGUGACACUCACUUUGACCUCUCGAUUGCUCGCGAUAGACGUGGUGUGAGCGCCGGCACCGAAGACUUUCUGGUUCUCCAUUUGUCUGAUUUGAUUCGUAUGGCAUUCAUGGCAGCGACCAGUGAUAGCGACGCCCUUCGUAUGGAAGGCUUGAAAGCAUUGCAACUCAUUAUCGAUAAGUUCUCGAAAGUACCCGAACCUGAGUUCCCCGAUCACGUCAUACUAGAGCAAUAUCAGGCACAGGUAGGCGCAGCACUCAGACCAGCCUUUUCGGCAGACACGCCAUCACACGUGACAGCUAUGGCGUGUCAAGUGUGCAGCGCUUGGAUUGGAAGUGGUGUCGCCCGGGAUCUCAAUGACUUGCGUCGAGUCAAUCAGUUGUUGGUCUCCUCUUUGGCUAAACUCCAAAAGGACUCGAGUUCGCGGCUCUACAACGAGAGCGCCUCCACCAUCGAAAAGUUGGCGAUUCUCAAGGCUUGGGCUGAAGUGUAUGUCGUGUCAAUGGCUCAGAAUGUGACCAAUUCUGAAGACAUUAGUGAUGAAAACGACAAAGAAAUGGACGUCGACUCCAAUAACGAGAGUUUGCUUCAAUUGGUUGCACCGGAGUUGCCGUCUUUGAGUAAACACUGGUUGGCGGCUCUCAAGGAUCACGCGUUGCUCACACUUCCCACUGAGUUCUCGAGUCAACUGCCCCACGACGGCGGCGCCUUCUAUACGUCGGACACCAUAGAGAUUGCGAGACCGCGGUAUAGGGCGUCGUGGCCUCCGAUACUACACGCGGCCGCCCUCUGGCUCUGCAGUAAUGGCUUUGAAGUAAACGCUGAGUCAAAUUCAAACGAAGAGCGCUUCCAUCUGUUAUUUGGCAUAUGUUUGGAGGCUUUAUGUAAUCCCAAGUCCACGGAACCGCUGUCUUAUGUCGUUGUUUGUCUCAAAUCUCUACAGCAACUCAUUUGUCAUCCCUUUCCGGAGACGUUGUUAGGAAAAGACAAACAGUUAUCCAUAGAGUUGUGUAAUGUUUUGCAUCGACUGCUGCUGACGCGCGAAACGCCUGAGUGUCAGCUACUGAUCCUAAAUAUCGCGCAAAUUGUCACUCAAUCGCAGCUUAAGUAUUUGGAUAAUGAAAAGAAGCGAAAGCUUCGGGAGUUAGCGCCGGCUAAUCAGGAGCCCGAAGACAGUGAUAAAGCGUUGGCCACUCUGGGAGAGGGCGGAGAGUCAGGCGAUAUAAUACCCGGACAGUCACUGGUCUACGCUCUGCUCGAAGUGGGUUUGUGUGUAUUAGUGCGACAAUUGCCGCAAUUGAGUCCAAUGCUGGCCAAUACUCCGGGUCUAUCGCUAAUCGUCCCGAAGAGCAGUAAUUCGAGAUUAACCAAAGACUCGGCAGAACUUAUCGGUCGAGCGCUCCAUAUAUUAUGUGAUUUACCGCUACUUUGUUCGCCAAAAGGAAGUACUGUUAUAUUGCCGUCAAUACUAUAUUUAGUGACCGGAGUUCUAAGAGAGUCGGCGACACAACCCAAUGGAGAGUCUAUUGCCGACAAUCAGCCCAUAUCUACAGUCCUGAGUUGUCUGCGAUCGUUGGGCUCGUCCUCUUUGGCGAAGAACAGUAUUUGUGGCCAAAAGUGGACGGAAUUAUUGCAGAGCACUUUGGCUGUCAUUCUCGACUUAUGUAAGACAAGCGAUUCGGAUGAACCAAAACCCGAUGAGAUAACCACUCUACUGGCGGUCGGAAUAUUCAUAAUAAAAGCGCCGUCCGAUGUGGUACAGGUGCCUAACCUUCAAUAUCCAGCUAUUAAUCUGUUAAAGCAAUCGCUUCAAAGUGAUAAAAAAGUGGUCGGUUUUAAGGUUCAGUUAAAGUGUAUUCAGACUAUACGAGCGAUAUUUGAACACUCGAACAGCAAAGUGUCCGUCCCUUAUAUCCAUAUCCUGGCGCCGCGAAUGAUAGAAGUGCUCAACAAUUUGGUUAAAUAUAUCAAAACAAAUGAUAUCAUAAGUCAAAUGGAGUGUGAAAUAGUCUUAGAGUUAUUCCAAACGCUGGAAGUGCUCAUAGAAAUGGCACAACAAGACAAAAAAGCCAAUAUUCUGAUCAUAUAUUUGCCACUUUUGGUGACUCUGUUAUCUGACGAGAGUAUGAGUCGGAUCCGCGGCUAUCGACGUAAUCUCCAUAACUACGCGCUCCAGAAGUUGACAGCCAUUGGACCCAAAUAUCCGCAUGAGUUCCGGCAAGUGAUCGGUUCUGUGCCGAAGUUUCGCAACAGUCUGGAGAAUGCCAUCAGAAAUCAGCAACAAAUGAGUGAGCAUUCCGUACAAAAUUCAUCGCAAAACGUCUCCCAAAAGGAGAACCCAACCAUCAAAUUGAAAGUCGAUUUCAGUAAUUAUACCGACAAUUAGUCUCCAAUUUUACACAUUUUUCCAUUGGAUUCCCC